AUGGCCUGCGCCAUUGUCCAGUUCUGCUACUUCCAGGACCUGCAGGCCGCCCGGGACUUCCUCUUCCCUCACCUGCGGGAGGAGACCCUUGGCGGCGCCGCGCGGCUGGACCCCAGUAAAUCAACAAACUGGGAAGAUGAUGGUUGGGGAGCAUGGGAAGAAACAGAACCCCAAGAACCUGAGGAAGAAGGAAAUACUUGCAAAACACAGAAAACUUCUUGGCUUCAAGAUUGUGUUUUAUCCUUAUCUCCAACCAAUGAUCUUAUGGUUAUAGCUCGGGAGCAAAAAGCUGUAUUUCUAGUGCCAAAAUGGAAAUACAGUGAUAAAGGAAAGGAGGAAAUGCAAUUUGCUGUUGGUUGGAGUGGUUCUUUAAAUGUUGAAGAAGGAGAAUGUGUAACCAGUGCUCUGUGUAUCCCAUUAGCAAGCCAGAAGAGGAGUUCCACUGGACGUCCUGACUGGACCUGCAUUGUGGUGGGUUUUACUUCAGGUUAUGUACGCUUCUACACUGAGAGUGGUGUGCUCUUGCUUGCACAGCUGUUGAAUGAGGACCCAGUGCUGCAGCUCAAAUGCAGGACCUACGAAAUCCCCCGGCAUCCUGGCGUGACCGAGCAGAAUGAAGAGUUGAGUAUCUUAUAUCCAGCUGCCAUUGUGACUAUUGAUGGAUUUAGCCUUUUUCAGUCUCUUCGUGCUUGUCGAAAUCAAGUAGCAAAAGCUGCAGCAUCAGGCAAUGAGAACAUACAACCACCACCAUUAGCUUAUAAGAAAUGGGGUCUACAGGAUAUUGACACUAUUAUUGAUCAUACCAGUGUUGGUAUUAUGACUCUGUCCCCUUUUGAUCAAAUGAAGACUGCUUCCAAUAUAGGUGGAUUUAAUGCUGCAAUUAAAAACAGUCCUCCUGCCAUGUCUCAGUAUAUCACAGUAGGAUCCAAUCCAUUCACUGGCUUCUUCUAUGCUUUAGAGGGAAGCACACAACCAUUAUUAUCUCAUGUUGCGCUAGCAGUUGCAAGUAAACUCACUUCUGCUUUAUUUAAUGCUGCCAGUGGUUGGCUUGGCUGGAAAAGUAAACAUGAAGAAGAAGCUGUCCAAAAGCAAAAGCCAAAGGUUGAACCAGCUACCCCAUUAGCUGUCAGAUUUGGACUUCCAGAUUCUAGACGCCAUGGUGAAAGCAUAUGUCUAUCUCCAUGUAACACACUGGCAGCUGUAACAGAUGACUUUGGCAGAGUUAUUUUAUUGGAUGUAACUAGAGGAAUUGCCAUACGCAUGUGGAAAGGGUACCGAGAUGCACAAAUUGGAUGGAUUCAAAUUGUAGAGGACCUCCAUGAAAGAGUAUCAGAAAAGGUGGAUUUUUCCCCGUUUGGAAAUACUCAAGGUCCAAGUCGAGUAGCUCAGUUCCUUGUGAUUUAUGCGCCAAGAAGGGGAAUUUUAGAAGUGUGGAGCACACAGCAGGGACCUAGAGUAGGAGCUUUCAAUGUAGGAAAGCACUGCAGGCUACUGUAUCCUGGCUAUAAAAUAAUGGGCUUAAAUAAUGUUACCAGUCAGAGCUGGCAGCCACAGACUUACCAGAUCUGUCUUGUUGAUCCGAUGUCUGGAAGUGUGAAGACAGUGAAUGUUCCUUUCCAUUUGGCACUGAGUGAUAAGAAGAGUGAACGAGCCAAGGACAUACACUUAGUGAAGAAACUAGCAGCCUUACUGAAAACAAAAUCUCCCUAUCUUGAUUUGGUUGAAACAGAAAUAAAGGAAUUAAUUCUCGAUAUUAAGUACCCUGCCACCAAAAAACAAGCUUUGGAAAGCAUUUUGGCAAGUGAACGUUUGCCGUUUUCCUGCCUUAGAAACGUCACUCAGACAUUAGUGGACACUUUAAAAAAUCAAGAGCUUGAGUCUAUUGAUGAAGGAUUGCUACAGUUUUGUGCCAAUAAACUGAAAUUGCUGCAUCUUUACGAGUCUGUCAAUCAAUUAAAUUCCCUUGAUUUUCAUUCAGACCCACCAUUCUCUGAUAAUGACUUGGCUGUGUUACUAAGGCUUGAUGAAAAAGAACUGCUUAAGCUCCAGGCAUUGUUAGAGAAAUAUAAGCAAGAGAACACCAGGACUACUGUCCGAUUUUCUCAUGAUAAGGAUGGAGUGUUGCCUGUAAAAACAUUCCUGGAAUACUUAGAAUAUGAGAAAGAUGUGCUCAACAUAAAGAAGAUAAGUGAAGAGGAAUAUGUGGCGUUAGGCAGUUUCUUUUUUUGGAAGUGUUUGCAUGGAGAAAGCUCCACUGAGGAUAUGUGUCACACUUUGGAGUCUGCUGGACUUAGCCCUCAGCUGUUGUUGUCUCUACUCCUGAGUGUCUGGCUUUCUAAGGAAAAAGAAAUUUUGGAUCAACCACAGUCUGUCUGCUGUCUUCAUACAAUGCUGUCCCUCCUGAGCAGGAUGAAAGUGGCCAUUGAUGAGACCUGGGAUUCCCAAUCGGUGUCCCCUUGGUGGCAGCAAAUGCGCAUGGCUUGUAUACAGUCUGAGAACAAUGGAGCUGCUCUGUUAUCUGCACACGUUGGACAUUCUGUUGCUGCACAGAUAUCGAACAGUAUGACAGAGAAAAAAUUUUCCCAAACAGCUUUGGGUGCUGAUUCAGAGGCCCUCACUGAUUCCUGGGAGGCCCUUUCUCUUGACACUGAAUACUGGAAACUCCUGCUGAAACAACUGGAAGAUUGUCUCAUACUUCAGACUCUGCUUCAUAGCAAGGGGAAUGCUCGAACCUCCAGAAUGUCAUCACUGCAGGCUGAGCCACUUCCAAGGCUUUCUGUUAAAAAAUUAUUAGAAGGAGGAAAAGGUGGCAUUGCAGACAGUGUAGCCAAGUGGAUAUUUAAACAGGACUUCAGUCCUGAACUAUUAAAACUGGCUACUAAAGAAAGAGAUGUAGAAAACCCAGAUGAACCCAAAGAAGGUAUUAACAGAGGUUUCCUGGAGGUGUCAGAGGUGGAGAUGGACUUAGGAGUCGUACCAGACCUACUGCGUUUAGCCUACAAGCAGUUUCCUUGUAGCCUUGAGCUGGACGUGCUGCACGCACAUUGCUGCUGGGAAUGUGUCGUACAGUGGAAUAAAGACCCAGAGGAAGCACGUUUUUUUGUUAGAUCAAUAGAACAUUUGAAACACAUUCUUAAUGCACAUGUUCAGAAUGGCAUUGCGCUGAUGAUGUGGAAUACGUUCUUAGUUAAAAGGUUUUCUGCUGCUACAUACUUAAUGGAUAAGGUUGGAAAAGCACCAAAGGAUAGGUUAUGCCGAAGAGAAAUAAAAAUGGAAAGAAAAUACUCUAUUAAGGAAACUGGUUAUGAACUACGGCCAAUUUUAAUUUACCUUUCCAGACUAACUGUGAAGCCACUUUCACUUUUUGAUAGUAAGGGAAAAAAUGCAUUUUUCAAAGACCUAACUUCAAUUCAGUUAUUACCUAGUGGGGAAAUGGAUCCAAAUUUUAUUUCUGUACGACAACAGUUCUUAUUGAAAGUUGUUAGUGCAGCUGUCCAGGCCCAGCAUUCAGGUGCAAAGGACAAAGAUUCCUCAGAAGAAGCAAUGACCACUCCUUUUGGGAAAGACCAAGAUUGGCCAGUUCUAGCCGUGGAUUUAGCCCAUCACCUUCAAGUUAGUGAAGAUGUUGUUAGAAGGCAUUAUGUGGGGGAACUCUAUAACCAUGGAGUUGACCACUUAGGAGAAGAGGCCAUUCUACAGGUUCAUGACAAAGAGGUCCUUGCCUCUCAGCUGCUGGUGUUGACAGGACAAAGGCUGGCUCAUGCACUGCUCCACACCCAGACAAAAGAAGGCAUGGAGCUGCUUGCCAGACUCCCCCCCACGCUCUGUACUUGGCUGAAAGCAAUGGACCCCCAGGAUCUUCAAAACACUGAAGUGCCAAUUGCAACAACANCG